CUUCCGGUCAAUGAACAAAAGAAAAUAUUGUGUGAAGUUGCAAGCAGCGUAAACAAGCAUUUUUUCGAUUAUUUCCCAGUGCUCAAAUUUUGAGGAACUUUUGGAUGUCGCCGUCAAGAUGGCAGAGACUGAAGAUUUCAGAAGUCAUCCUGAAGAAGGUGAAUGCCUUACUCCAGACGAGAAGCCAUUGUCAGUUAGCAAGAGAUGUGAGUUUAAUAUGACGAACCCUGGAUCGUAUGAUUACAGCUCCAGUUUGAAGACUUUGCUGUCACAUGAAAGUUCAAAUCCCUUGUCGGGCCAGAGGGAUAAUUACAAGCGUGACAUAUCAGAUGAUAGUGAUACUGAACAACAAAACGACAGUGGUACCCCGAACGACAGGAUUGACUAUUUUAAUGGUUGUGAAUCUGAUAAUAUCAAUAUCUCCCACGCAGUACAUUAUCAUGAUGAUCACAGCGAAAGCGAAGAAGAACGGCUAAUUGAGGACAAUGAGGAAGAAGUGGAUGUAGAUGCACCAUUAAAUGUUCAGAAACUGGAGUCAAAACAACAUUAUGAUAUGGCGGUUCCUGUUUGUGAAGAAGAUGGUGUUGAUCACAAAAAAGUAAUCCAAAAUGGCCAUUCUCAUUAUCAGGAAACCAGUCUCCAUCAAGAAUCACCAACUGAAGGCAAGCCAGCUUUACAUAACGGAAAUUCAAGUUCUGUUCAACCUGACGUUGUGCAAUCAACAAAUCCGAAAAAUCUACCUUAUGUCUGUGAACAUUGUGGGAAAGGAUUUCACGAAAAGGGGCAUUUGAAAUAUCACACAAGGACGCAUUCUGAUAAAAAACAGUUCACAUGUGACAUUUGUAAUCGCGGGUUUCAUUUUAGUUUCAAUCUAACGAAGCAUCGUAGGACUCACACCGGGGAAAAGCCGUAUUUGUGUAAUUAUUGUGGGAAAAAGUUCAGUCAUAAGAAUAGUUUGAACCGACAUGUGACCCUCCAUACAGGAUUUUCACACCAGAAAUGUAAAAUUUGUGACCAGGAUUUUUACGACAAGCAAAGUCUGAGAGUGCAUCUGAUCACACACACGACUGACGGGGAAAACAAAUGUCAGACAUGUAACAGGGAAUUCAACGACAAGAGGGGCUUCCUUAUUCAUAUGCAGUCUCAUGUUUCUGCAUUUGAAGCCUCAUCUCUCAGCAAAACCCCAUCAUUUGAAUGUGAAAUUUGUCACAAAAGUUACACUUUGAGGAGUAGCCUCAACAGACACAUGAAAAAGCAUGGCACUUUCUUCAACCAAGAAUUCAAAAGUGACGACGAAUCAGUGGAUUCCACCAUAGGAUUAGAUUCUGAUCUCAAUGAUUCAUGGAACAUUGUACAGUCACAACAUUUCCAAGAUCGGUUAAGAAACAACAAUCACAUGAUUCCAAGAAUUGAUGUAUCACACAAGCAAGAUUUUCGUCAGCAGUUUCAUAAAGGAGAACACGGUGAAACCGUCAUUUCGGAUUCAAAACCUAAUUUAGAUAGUUCUGUUGAUCAAGGUAUGGACCUGUCAAUGAAGUCGGCUACCUUCAAUCAUCUACCAGCCACUGCCUCACCCGAGGGAACGAGACAUGUCUCGGAUGAAGAGAGAAGUGGAUGUUUCAUGGACGAAACUGCAUUGGACUUAAGUAUGAAAACUUGUUCAGUGCCACUUACUUUCCCAUUAAAACAGGAGUCAUGCGAGGACGAGUACAAUGGAACUCCUUGGAAUGACAAUGUUGAUACCCAAGUUGACUCGGACUGUGCUCUAGAUUUGUCCACGAACAAGUCUAGUAAGAGCUUGCAGAUGUCGGACAACGUAUCCGGAAAACACCUGUGUCAAAAACCUGAACCAGAAGAGAAUGAAAGUCAUGACAGUCCGAUAGACAUGAGGUGGAAUAGUGAACCUCAAGAGAGAAUACAUAAGUGCAAGAAGUGUCCAAUGACGUUUGAUGAUCGCCUGCUUCUCCUGUAUCAUUCAAAACAGUAUCACCGAGAAACCUUGUCUCCAAUACCUUUUGAUGCAACGCCGCAACAUUUUGGAGAAAAUAUUUCCCAGACAUCACAUAGUCCUGAUGAAAUGGAGGACGUUUUGGAAUCCAGCAAAUGUCCUUAUUGUGAUGAUGUCUUUGCGUCAACUUUGGCUCUCAACAAACAUCUGCUUAUGCACUUCAAAGACCAGACAGAUUUCUGUGAGUUCUGCUGCAGGAUGUUCGCAGACAAGGACAAGUUCAAAGCCCACAUUGAAAUGCACACUGAUCAAACUUAUGAAUGCAGCAUUUGUCAGAAACUAUUUGAAUCCAAGUUUGAACAGCAAGACCAUAUCAAGGAACACAAAGAAGGCAAGCCAUUUAUUUGUGGGCAUUGCGAGAAAUCGUUUCCUAUAAAAUACUACCUUGAAUCGCACAUGCGAGUGCAUUUCGGAGACAAACCUUUCAAAUGUCAGAUAUGUGGACGAGGUUUUACUCAUAGUUUUAACCUGACAAAACAUGUGCGAAUUCAUACUGGAGAGCGUCCAUAUGAAUGUCCUCAAUGCCAACGGAAGUUCGCUCAGAAGAACAGCCUGAAUCGACACAUGUAUCUUCAUGUCGGUCAGUCACCUUUCAAGUGUAAACUUUGUGACAAGUUCUUUGCCCACAAAUUCGCCUUGCAGAUUCACAUGUCCAAGUCACACGGAAUCUUUGAUGCUGAUUACAGCCAAGAGGAGUUUGAAAAUAAUGUUACUUCUCUACAGAACGAGAAGUUACUAGCACCGGAGUCCGAUAUUUUACCACGCACUGACUCAUCAAAACUGUCGGAUAAUGUUUAUGCCACGGAACGAAUUUCCACACGUAAUUUAGCUUCAGACUACCAAACUUCUUUACCAAACAUGCCAACUGAAGAAGGUGUAGGUGAAAGUAAUACGGACGGAGAAAAACAAUAUACUCAAAGGCAGCAAGAGCUAGGCAAGGACAUUUCAAACGAAAGUGAUGACCAUAGUGAUAAUCCUGGGAAUUCAUUGAGCAAUGUUAAUGAUGAAGCAUAUGGUAACUCGCGCAGGUCUGCUGAAGAAUUACAACAUGCUGAAGCUGCGAGGAAUAUGGAGUCAUUGAGUGCGGCGGGCAUGUUUAUGCCUUGGCAGAUGCCCAAAGGUCUUGGGAUGCCACCAUUUGCAUUACCCAAUAUGCCUAUGAUGAACCCUAGCAUGAUGAUGUCAGCUUAUCUCAUGAAUUCCUAUGUUGAGGCGCAGCACCUGGAUCUUAUGAGAAAGAUACAAGAAAAUAAAGGCGUGGAAACAGUAUUCAAUGAAGAUAUGUCACAUCCAACAAAAAAUAAAGCUCCCGAAAAUGACGUCCAGUACCGAGAAGCUAUUGACGCAGCUCACAACAGUAGUUUAGGUGAGAGUGAGCAAACGCAAGAACCAGAUACGCAUGUUUGUCAGGAAUGUGGAAAAUCUUUCAAGAAAAAAUACUACCUCAAAUCUCACAUGCGUGUGCAUACUGGCGAGAAGCCAUUUAAGUGUGAAAUUUGUGACAAAACUUUCAGCUACAGCUUCAACAUGAAGAAACACAUCAGGACUCACACAGGGGAGCAGCCAUACCAAUGUAAUAUCUGUAAAAGACGUUUCAGUCACAUCAACAGUCUGAACAGGCAUGCGUCCACCCACACUGAGAGCAGUUUCAGCUGUCGAUACCCGUUGUGUGAAGCCUCUUUUCCUGAUAAGAACUCUUUAUAUCAACACGUCCUUCAUAAACACGGACUUCACAGGGAACUGACGAAUCCGGCUGAAAUUCGAUUUGAUGGAUCAAAGUUGCAACAUCUACCGAUUGAUACUCAUUUUAACAACAAUAUUGAUUCUUCUUUGACCUUUGGAAAAUACCUAAUCCAAGCGUGGUCCGUGACGGUGUUCACGCGAAUGAAACGUCAUGUGUGAAUGUGGAAGGAAAUUCACAAAAAGAUCAGGG